CAUAUUUUUUUUAUUUGCCUUUUGUUCUCCUCUAUUUUCCUUCUGUAUUCCUCUCUUUUCCUUCUAUACUUCUAUAUAUCAAAGAAUUUGUGAUCAGAUUAUGUAUCAUCUAUUUUGGGGGUUUAAAUCAUGGCACAAAUUUGGCCCGUCGCUGCUACAUGGUAAAGCCACAAAUUUGGCCCGUCGCUGCUACACGGUAAAGCCACAAAUUUGGCCCGUCGCUGCUACACGGUGAAGCCACAAAUUUGGCCCGUCGCUGCUACACGGUAAAGCCACAAAUUUGGCCCGUCGCUGCUACCGGGUUGAUUAACGGCUGUGUCCCCCCAACAUACCUUCUCCUCACCUCAGUCUUUCCCCUCAGGAGCGUGACACCAAGAUGACCUACCAGAAUGUGAGCAUCGUGCUGUCGCCCACCAUGCAGAUUUCUCACCGGGUGCUCAAUGUCUUCUUCCUCAACCGUGCCUACCUCUUUGGGGGAGUCGCCAUCAAAAAGUACAUUCCGCCCAUUGGGCAGCGGCAGCAGUGGAGAGCGGAGUCUGGAACAGCUGCAAAGUGUGGCAGAGAUUGAGGUGGAAAUGAUGAAGCAGGAAUCUCGAUUGGCACACCUCCAUACUCAGGUGCCUGAGGACGCCUUCCCAUGGACAGCAGCAGGCGACAUCCUCCUGAGGGGCUGCUGUGUGGCGUCCAUCCUCCUUUGUAUAAAGACAAAUACACUUACCUCAACACAACAACUUUUUUUAUAUUCAUAUGACGGCACUCUGGAGCCUGGCGGUGGAGCUGGUGGAGGGGCCGGCACUUAG